AAACACCCUACAAAUGAAAUGAAAAUUCGAAAAUCGUUAAUGUCAACGGAAUAAUAAAAUUAAUUACAAUAAAUUUUUCUCAUGUGGUUCCUGAAGAAAUUAAAGCAAGUGGCAAGAGGAUUGUGGUACAAGACAAGGAGUCAAUGACAAUUUCUAUAACACAAUCCUCAAGUGAUUCUCAUGUCUCGAAAUGCUCUAAAUUAGUUGACACUGCACCAGUUAAGCACAAUGCAACAUUUAACAAUGAAAUAAACAAUGAAAUUGAAUGUAAUGAAAUGGACAAUGACAAUGAAAUAGAAAAUAGAAACGAAAUGAGUGAUAGUAUAAAUAUGACAUCUAAUGAUAACAAUAGCAAUAAUGAUGCAGCUACAAAUGAAAACAACGACGAGUUGUUAAGAGAAUUUGCUAACAUGAUGCCUCAAGUCAUCAAUAGACUGUCAGAUGAUGGAUCUUUGACAACUACACGUCAAUUCUUUCACCUAAUCACAACUGACGCGUUCCCGUUAGACAACAUCGCCUAUAGAUGUUUUCUGGAUGUUGUUUAAUGGAUGGGGUGCGGUGCUAGCACACAAUUUCGUUAUAGAUUCCCC